GGUAGGGGACCGUACAUAUAAAGGAGAGAGCCCCGUGUUCCGGGGCCCCAGUACCGUUCAAAGAUGCAGGUUGGCGGGACGCUGUGUGGUACCAGGGCCAUCUCCCUCCUGAUAUUCCUGGUACCUCUCAUUGAUUAUGCCUAUUCGAGUCCUCUUCAAUAUUUACCCAAUAUUCCGGGUUACGUCCCUGUUUAUAUAAGAUAUGGAGAUGAACCGUUGGACGAAAUAAAUCCUGAUUUAGCCGAGGCUUUUGGAGAGACGUCAAAUUCCGUUAAGAGUUUGCAGAAGAUAGACCACACAUUCGCUCACGAGUCUGAUAAAGAUGAAGAUAUAAAUGAUUUUUUGAAAGAAUCAGAGACAAAGCAUGCUUACCCAAUGCGUGUUAGAAAAGCGAAGAGUCUUUCUUUUGCUACUGCUAAUGACGAUGAACCGGGGAACCCUAACAAACCAAAACUUCUAACUAUCUAUGAAUUACCUGAUGAUAAUGAGAGCAGAUCACGUAGACGUUAUCGAGGGAGAACCAGGAUGAAGAGUUGGGCACCGCCUGCUUUUAAAGUCAGCCCACUUUCCGAUGCGGAAAAAGAAGAGCUGGAAAAAUUAGCGAUCGAAGUUGAAAAAGAAGAGACCAAACCAAAUGAAUUCUACGUCCCAAAUUCUAAAUAUCCCGAAGUAUCACCUGAUAAGACACACAAUUUCGUCGCGCCGAUAAAAGUGCAGGAUAUGCUCAAGGAAUCUUUGACAGAUCUACCGGAAAUUGUUGAUGUCACAGAUCUUUCAAAAUCCUCGGAUCAUCACGACAAUGCUGAAUCUGAAAAUGAUAAAAAAGAACCGCCCAUUAAGGAGCAACGUCCAGCCACGAUUUUGGCGAAUGUAGAUAAAGUUUUGCCUAUCGAUUUGCCAGAUAAAAGCGAAACCGGUGAAGAUACAACAUCGGAAGUUGAAAAACUGCUUAUCAAGGAGACGGAUCUGCUAAAAACUCCUCAAGUCACAGAGCUUUCGAAAUCUUUGGACGAUAAUAUUACUGCAUCUGGAGUUGGUAAAAAAGAACCGCCUAUUAAGGAGCAACGUCCAGCCACAAUAUUGUCGAAUGUAGAUAAAGUUUCACCUAUUGAUUUGUCAAACAAAAGUGAAACUGGUGAAGAUAAAACAAAAGACUCUACAAAACCAUCCGAUGAAAUCAUAACAGAUUCAUAAUUUAUAUAUACAUUUGUUAUAAUAAUAUCAGAUACUAGACUAUCCGCAUUUAUUUUCCGAAUUCUUUGAACAAUUCAAAUUUCUCUUGGCAAAAAAAAAGUUUAUAAGGAGAGACUUGUCUCAAUGUCUUAAUUUUAGUAUUAAAAAUUGUAAUUAAAUUUAUUCUUUUAAAAUCUA